GAAGCUCACUCGCAGCAUCAUUCGCUUGCAACGGUUCGGACGCGGCGGUCUCCUCUCGCCUCACUAUGAGGCCUCCUACUAUCCUCAAGUACCUACUCCUGUUCAACAUAUUCCUGUUAUCCCUUUCGGAAUGCCCGCAACGCUGCCAAUGUGACCGAAACGCGGUACGAUGCCUGCACCAGGGUCUACAAGCGAUUCCUAAGACACCGCAAGAGGCCCACACUUUGGAUGUUCGCUUCAACCGGAUCUACGACCUCGCUCCAGGAGUAUUCAGCCACCUUCACCGGCUCCGCUCCUUGCUUCUCAGUGACAACCGACUCACCGCAAUACGAUCCGGGUCCUUCCAUGGGCUCCGACGGGUGAAGUACCUGUAUUUGUACCGGAACCGAAUCAGCCAUAUAGACUCCGAUGUCUUUCAAGGAAUGAUUCAUCUGGAACAGCUGUACUUACACGUCAACGAAAUUCAUCUGGUUGAACCCGAGACGUUUUCUAAUCUGCCUCGCUUGGAACGAUUAUAUUUGCAUAACAAUAAUCUGAAAACGAUUCCACCCGGCUCUUUCCGAGGACUGCCGAAACUUCAAAAACUCAGACUCGACAGCAAUGCCCUGAUUUGUGACUGCUCUAUGCUCUGGUUUGUUCGAAUGCUCUCUGAACAUAGCGACAUGAGUAUUGCUGCCACAUGCUAUGGACCAUCUGGAGCCACCGGUUCAUCUUUGGCUACUAUGAAAGAAAGCGAUUUUAACUGCAAACGACCCGAAUUUAAGGAAGAGCCAGAAGAUGUUAUUGUAAAUUUUGGGAAAGACGCUAUGUUCCCCUGUUCAGCUUCGGGGGAUCCAACGCCAGAAAUUGUUUGGUUCCGUGACUCUGCUUUACUACCUCUUGAAUGCUCAAGAUAUGAAUUAUUGGAUAAUGGAACGCUGAUAGUGCACGAGGCUGAUGAAACUGACAUAGGCAUCUUUGAAUGUAUGGCUAAGAAUCCAGCCGGUGAAGUGCACUCCAAACCUGCAAAAAUGUUACUACAUAUGGAUGAAAAUCCCAAAGACUAUCCUGUAUUCACGAUUUUACCGCGGAAACAGUUAGCAACGCCUAAUCAACAAUUGGUUACAUUUGAUUGUGUCGCUAAAGGAAAUCCGAAUCCACAUAUCUCAUGGACAUUUAAUGGCGAAAGAAUUCUCCUCUCUGAUCGAGUAUCAUUGAAACACAAUGGAUCAAUGGUAAUUGAAAAAAUUCAGUAUUCAGACGGUGGAACAUAUACAUGUGAAGCUGAAAAUGUCCAUGGCAAAAUAUCAUCAUCAGUAUUACUAGAAGUUAUGGCUCCUCCCUCUUUUAUCGUGGUUCCAAAGGACGAACAAGUGGCUAUAGGCGAUAGAGUAGAAUUCACAUGUACUGCUCGCGGCGUACCAAAACCAGUUAUAACAUGGUUCCGGAAUACAAUGGUACUACCCCCUAAAGAUAACAUUGUUCUGUCUGAUGGAAAUCAAAAUUUGACGAUUACUGAAGUUACAGAGGACGAUGAAGGCCUCUAUCACUGUCGAGCUGAAAACUCACAAGGUCUCACUGAAAUUUCAGCCAUUUUGAAAAUAGAUGAUUAUCAAGUCGCAGCCCCUAAAAUUAUUUUACGACCGGAAGAUGUAGAAGCAUUUAAGGAAUCAACUAUUCAGUUACCAUGUGAAUACGAAAGUGAGCCGUUAGUGACCGUGGAGUGGCGGAAAAAUGGUAACCGCAUAAUCAAUGAUGAUAGAAUCGUAGUUUCAUUGAUUGGAAGCUUAAUUAUAAACAACCUUACAUUAUCCGACACCGGUAGCUAUGAAUGUUCAGUUUAUAAUGAUUAUGGACGUGAUACAGCUUCUGCAUUUAUAACAGUCAAAGAUCAUAUUUUACCCGGCGAUGAAUACGUUAAUAUAGCUUUAACCGAAGCUACCAGAGAUGUUGAUCAAGCUAUUGCCCGAACAAUUGAACAAAUGUUUACAAAUAGAAGUGGUACAAGCGUCAACGAUCUGUAUCGUGUAGCUCGUUUUCCUAAUGCACCUGCAAGGGAAGUUGCGAGAGCUGCUGAAAUUUAUGAAAGGACAUUAGAUAAAGUGCGUGAUUACAUACAAAGCGGAUUACACAUAACAACAGUGGAACCUUUUAAUUAUGAAAGCAUUUUAUCCCCAAAACACUUAGAUGUAAUAUCUCGACUGUCAGGAUGUGUGGCCCAUAGAACACCUGAAGAUUGCACCGAUAUGUGUUUCCAUAAUAAAUAUCGUACCAUUGAUGGUACUUGUAACAACUUUGAUAAUCCAACAUGGGGCGCGUCGCUAACACCGUUUAGAAGAAUUUUGUAUCCUAUAUAUGAAAAUGGAUUUAGCCAUCCAGUCGGAUGGAACAAAGAAUUAAAAUACAAUGGCUUUACUUUGCCAAGUGCCCGAUUAAUAUCAACAAGUGUUAUCAGUACACACAAUAUUACCGAAGAUGAUUAUUACACACAUAUGCUUAUGCAAUGGGGACAAUGGUUAGACCACGAUAUAGACCACGCUUUACCAUCCGUAAGUGAUCAAACUUGGGAUGGAAUUGACUGUAAAAAAACAUGCGAUUACGCCGCACCGUGUUUUCCUAUUGACGUCCCUCCUAAUGACCCUCGUGUCACAAAUAGGCGUUGUAUAGACUUUGUUAGAACUAGUUCCGUAUGUGGAUCUGGUAUGACAUCUGUUUUAUUUGGGAGACUAGAAGCAAGGGAACAGAUAAACCAAUUAACAUCUUAUAUCGACGCAUCUCAAGUUUAUGGAUUUGAAAAACCAGUUGCUGAAGACUUAAGGGACUUAACCACAGACAACGGUACAUUACGAGUAGGUGCAAAGUUUCCAGGAAAGAAACCUCUAUUACCAACGACUGGUAUCAAUGCAAUGGACUGUAGGCUGAACUUAGAAGAAAGUACUCGAGCUUGUUUUGUAGCAGGAGAUAUCAGAGCUAAUGAACAAGUCGGACUCGCUGCAAUGCACACAAUUUUCAUGCGGGAACACAACCGACUUGCAACUAAACUUAAAGCGGUAAACCCUUUUUGGGAUGGAGAUAAAGUUUAUCACGAAGCACGUAAAAUUGUGGGCGCUGAAGUACAAUUUAUAACUUACUAUCACUGGUUACCCUUAAUCCUUGGGCCAAAAGGUUACGCCUUGUUGGGAAAGUACAAGGAAUACAAUUCUCAAACUAACCCUUCAAUUUCCAAUGUAUUUGCCACGGCAGCUUUAAGAUUCGGCCAUUCGUUAAUCAACCCAAUUCUUCACCGUUACGAUGAACAUUUUGAAACUAUACCUCAAGGUCAUUUGCUUUUACGUGAUGCAUUUUUCGCACCAUGGCGUUUGGUAGACGAAGGUGGAGUAGACCCAUUGAUAAGGGGUAUGUUUAUGACCCCAGUGAAAUUGAAAACUCCUACCCAAAAUUUAAAUUCAGAACUUACUGAGAAACUGUUUCAUAGCGUACACGCUGUCGCACUUGACUUAGCUGCUAUGAACAUUCAAAGAAGUCGUGAUCAUGCUAUUCCACCCUAUGCAAAGUGGCGAAGUUUUUGUAAUAUGACAGAAGUAAAUAAUUUUGAUGACUUAGCCGGUGAAAUAUCUGACAAGACUGUAAGGGACAAACUUAAAGAACUAUAUGGGUCUGUUUACAAUAUCGAUGUAUGGGUGGGAGGUAUUUUAGAAGAUACAACUGACGGUGCAAAGAUUGGUCCGCUAUUUCAAUGUAUACUGAUUGAACAAUUUAAAAGGCUGCGAGAUGGUGACCGACUAUGGUUUGAAAACCCAUCAAUGUUUAAGCGGGAACAACUUAGAGAGAUUAAAAAAGUUAGCUUAGCUCGCAUCUUAUGUGAUAACGGAGACAACAUUGACACGAUUGGUGAAAACGUAUUCGUGCUACCCGAUAUACAAGAUGGCCUGAUAUCUUGUGAAGAUUUACCCUCUAUUGACUUACGCCAUUGGAUGGAUUGUGAAUCUUGUAACGACGACUAUGAAGAAGAGAAAAAACGAGUAAGAAGAGAUGUUAAUUCAGGCACCGGCCACAACUCUAUUAUUGAAAAUAAUCAUCGUUUAGAAAUCCUAGAAGAUUCUCACAGCGAAUUAUUAAAAAUUAUUGACGAUUUGCAACAGAAGAUUGAGCUUCUAGAAGAAACUUGUCAAAAACAUUAAAUGUUUGCAUUUACCAUAAAGUCAAUUACAGUGGUACAUGUCAGAUUAGGUUAUUAAAUGUCUAUUAUAUACUUCGUUGUCAUGAACAGCGUUCUUAAUGAAACUGUAAAAAUAAUAAGUGUCAUUUCUCAUGGAGAACUUAAAUGUUGUAAUAAAAAUAAAAUAAAAAAAAAACAAAAAAAUUAGGCAUUAGUAUAUUCAGGGAUCAUUAUAUACUCUAUAAAUGUGGUUUAAAAAUCAAUUUAAGUGAUUGUUUUAGAUCGAUGUGCACUAAAAUGCAAAAUA